CGUUUUCUUCUAUCUUGUAGCCGUGGAGGGCAGUAUUACGCCGCGUUACGGCUGCACUGCGGAAAAUCUGACGGAAGAAGAAGACGUUGCGCUUCCUGUUGGCGCUGCUACAGCAACGAAAAACGACAACAUUUCAAGCCGCAAAAGACUACAAAACUCAUUUCGGCGAGGACACAACGCAACUUGGAAUCAAUUGACAGCACGUAAAGCAAGCUUACGGAAAGAUGUUGAGGAGAAAACCAACUCGUCUGGAGCUUAAGAUCGAUGACACGGACGAGUUUGAGAGCAUCAAGAAAGAGCUCGAGGCACGGAAACGGCAACGAGAAGAGGUGGAGUCGGGAGCUGGAGUGGGCGGGGACUCUGUGGGCAGCACCGACGUCAUUGGGGGAGAAACCCCGCCCACCUGUACCGCUGCGUCGAGGGCGGAGCUUAUCAACGAGCGAAUUGGCUACAAACCGCACCCCAAAGCCACCACCCUGCCCACCCUCUUUGGAAGUUUACAAUUUUCAUAAAUUCACUUGUUGCAAUUAGUGGAUGUACUUUUGGUUUUUGUAAGCCAUUAUCUUUUGGGAGCUGCUUCCGUAAUUGAACUACAGCCACCAGCCACCCCGCACCGCACCGCGAUCAACACGCAAAGGUUUGAUUUGCAUCCUAAUUGCAGCAAUUGCUUUAUAAAAGCUUUCAUUAGUCAGUGGGACUGGCAAUGUACAGAAAGGCGGCAGCGGGUGGCGAUAAAAAAGAUCCACUCCAUCCUCUCAAGACUCAUCACAUCAAUAAAUAACAUGGUUACUGAUUGUCUUUUCAAAGUUUUUUAAGAUUUGCUGAGAAACAAAAAGAAUAAAUACAAAUAAAAAG